AAGAGUGAUUGUCAAUCAAAAAAAUCAUUCUCUCCUGAACGGCAACUUGAUCUCUCUCUUCACCUUUUACCACAACCAAGCCUGCCUGUCAUGAUGGAAGUCGAUAUGCAGUCUCCUUCAAGCUCCCUUCGGCCUGCGUAUGGCUCUACGAAACGCGCACGCUCUCCUGACGAAACAAAUUCACCAAGUCGACCAUCGAAACGCCUCACAUUAGCCACUGAAAUUGAAUACAAUCCAUCUCAACCCAUUUAUUUGCGCAGCUCGUCCUCAGCUGGCAGUAGCCGACAGCCAUCUGAAGACUGGGUUCAACAAGCCGGUAGCUUGACAAUCGACAGCCCGCUGUGCACUGGGGCUUCUGGGGGCUUACCAUUUGAGGACUAUGCAAUGGCUGCUGAUCAGCCAGUACAAAAUCCGUCUACCGCGGUCCCUCUAACUGCGACGUAUGGAAGACCACAGCUUCCUCCAUUACAAACAUCUUUCUCUCGGCCGUCCGAUGUCCGUCCAGAUUAUGCCACUGCUACUCAGCCUUUACCUCAAGUUGCCACUACUAAUAACUCCAAUUACCAGCACUUAGCUCCGUCAAUCAAUGUUCUUCCUCCGACACCUAACGUGCCAUUCCCUAUGGCCUUUUCCUUGGCCGCGCGACCCUCUACACCCAUGAAUGAAAGCCCCAUGUCCAUACCUAACUCUCCUUCGAGUGCCACUAUCUUGUCUCCUUCACGAAAACACCGCUUCGCUAUGGGACCCCGCGCAGACUGCGAAAAAUGUAGGAUGGGUGUCAAAGGUCACUAUAUCCACAUCGGUUAAAGAGCAUAAUCCACAGCUUUCGCACCCCACAUCGUAUCCUACAUCUAAUGAAAGAAGCUCUGUAUAGUAGGCUAAUUGAUCCUUGUAAUGUUGUUAUAAAUAUUUAGUCACUAGUUGUAUAUUUCGCGCCUUAGAGUAGUAUCCAGGCUUACCGCCUCAUAAUUACGACUUGCAUAUCGAGUUCGAGCUUGGUCUUUACAACUCCCACAAGCGCCCCAACGAAGAGAGGCGCCAAUUUCUCAAAA